CAGAGCAUCAGAACAAAAUGAGACCAGCAUCACUCUGCAGUGGAAUAAAGUCAGCAGCAACACCAGCUUUGUUCUCCAGUUUAAUGGCACAGAGACAAACAUCAGUGCACCAGAUGGAGAUGGACCAGUGAACCAUACAGUCUCAUCUCUCACUGCUGGAACUAAAUACACAUUCAUGCUCUUUUCUGUGUUUGAAAACAUCAGAAGCAGUGGAGUACAACUUACAGCUGUCACCGCUCCCAAAAAUGCAGAAGCUGUGAGAGCAUCAGAACAAACUGAGACCAGCAUCACUCUGCAGUGGAAUAAAGUCAGCAGCAACACCAGCUUUGUUCUCCAGUUUAAUGGCACAGAGACAAACAUCAGUGCACCAGAUGGAGAUGUACCAGUGAACCAUACAGUCACAUCUCUCUCUGCUGGAACUAAAUACACAUUCAUGCUCUUUUCUGUGUUUGAAAACAUCAGAAGCAGUGAAGUACAACUUACAGCUGUCACCGCUACCAAAAAUGCAGAAGCUGUGAGAGCAUCAGAACAAAAUGAGACCAGCAUCACUCUGCAGUGGAAUAAAGUCAGCAGCAACACCAGCUUUGUUCUCCGGUUCAAUGGCACAGAGACAAACAUCAGCGCACCAGAUGGAAAUGGACCAGUGAACCAUACAGUCUCAUCUCUCUCUGCUGGAACUAAAUACACAUUCAUGCUCUUUUCUGUGUUUGAGAACAUCAGAAGCAGUGGAGUACAACUUACAGCUGUCACCGCUCCCAAAAAUGCAGAAGCUGUGACAGCAUCAGAACAAAAUGAGACCAGCAUCACUCUGCAGUGGAAUAAAGUCAGCAGCAACACCAGCUUUGUUCUCCAGUUCAAUGGCACAGAGACAAACAUCAGAGCACCAGAUGGAGAUGGACCAGUGAACCAUACAGUCUCAUCUCUCUCUGCUGGAACUAAAUACACAUUCAUGCUCUUCUCUGUUUUUGAGAACAUCAGAAGCAGUGGCGUCACUAUUGCUGCAGUUACAGCUCCUCAAAGCCCAGAAAAUUUCAGACCAGCAACACAAGAUGAGACCAGCAUCACUCUGCAGUGGAAUAAAAUAAACAACAAUGUUAGCUUUGUUCUCCAGUUUAAUGGCACAGAGACAAUAAUCCGUGCACCAGAUGGACACGAACCAGUAACUCACACAGUCUCAUCACUCACUGCUAGAACCAAAUACACGUUCAGUCUCUUCUCUGUGUUUGAGAACGUGAGAAGCAGUGGAGUCAGCAUCACAGCUGCUACUGGACCAAAUUAUCUUGUUGCUAUGAACUUCCGAUUGAAGUCUCUGAACGUACUCUCAGAAUUGGAGAUAAAUGCUGUUUUGACAGAGUUCUUUAAACAUCACGGUUUGCAGCCACAAUUUUCUCUGAAGGUUCGUUCUGCUACACCAGAAGAGAGAAAAUCCAAGUAGAACAGAAG